GGCUCCACAAUUGAAACACUAAUAUGCACAUCAAAUUGCAAUUUGUGUCGACUUUGAUCAAACGAGAGUUUGAAAUUAUUCAAUUUUGAGCAACAGAACGCUGGAGAUGUUUAAACAAACCGCAACCAACCUCACAACGCUCCCACGCCAGUCAAUCGACGCUUGGAUCGAUUCCUUCGAUACCGUUCUCUCCGAUUGCGAUGGUGUCCAGUGGAUUGGUCGGGAAUUGGUCGCAGGUAGUCUUGAGGUGACAAAGCGUCUGCAAGAGUUGGGUAAAAAAGUGUUCUUUGUGACAAAUAUGCCGGUGAAAACGCGAGCUGAAUUGCAAGCGGCCGGUGUGGAUCGUGGCUAUGAGGUUGAGCAAGAGGAAAUUUUGUCAGCGUCAUAUGUUACGGCCAAAUAUCUGCACGAUUUAAAAUUCGACAAAAAGGUGUAUUUAAUUGGAUCACGUGGAAUAUCACAAGAAUUUGAUCACUUUGGAAUAAGUUGGAUUGAUUCAGAUUGUUCUGAAAAGGUCGAUGUGCUUGAUGCAGUGUCCAAUGGCAUUAAAUUGGACAGUGAAGUGGGUGCAGUGGUCGUGAGUUUUGAUACGAAUAUAAACUACUCAAAGAUUUUGUUGGCCGCUAAUUAUAUCAAAGAUCCCGAAUGCUUGUUUAUUGGCACAAGUUUUGAUGAAGCAUACCCAACUAAUAAUGGUGCUAUUGUGCCAGGUACAGGGCCAAAUAUCAGUGCUAUCGAAGUUGCAAGUGGACGCAAAGCUACAAUUAUCGGCAAACCAAAUCCAAACAUGUGCAAAUCUCUUCUUGCCGGUGGGAAAAUCAACCCCGAACGAACACUUAUGAUUGGAGAUUCAGUCAAGUAUGACAUCCUUUUCGGAUUUAAUUGCGGAUUUCAAACACUUCUCGUUGGCACCGGCGUGAAUAAAUUGGAAGAGGUUCGAAAAUGGCAAAAGAGCAACAUUGAAGAUGAUAAAAAACUUAUACCAGAUACAUAUCUUCCGGCAUUGGGUGAUUUACUACCGUUUUUGCAAUGAAUUCAUGUUAUUUUUGUUCUACUGUUUUUAAAUUAGUGAAAAUUCUAGGAGAUUUUCAUGGAUUGCCACUUUGAUUUUUUUUCCCUUUGAAUAAAUUCGUUUAGUUUUUUGGUUAAACUAAAGUCUAUCUUCAUUUUUUAUACUGACGCUAAAAUAAUUUGGAUGAAACCAUAGAAAAUAGCAAAUAUGAAUGUAUUGAAACGCCACGGAGUUUAUUUUAUUGAAACAUCAUCGAAACAAACAGAUGAAAUGAUAUGAAAAGAAAUUUUAGUUGUAAAUAAAUUUGAGUUCUUUUUUCAAUAAUCAAGUGUAUAUGUAUUAUAAAGUGAAUUAUAUGACGAAAAUGGAAAAAAUAUCAUUUUAUUCCGAGAGUUGAGUAGUAUUUGUUGUUAUAAUUUGUUAGUUCGAACUCCUUUGCGUGUAAAAUGGAAAUCAGAGGCACUUUGAAGGGGCGUCACUUUCGUGUAGCUUAUAUUGGGCACAAUUUUCGUUUUCUUCGAAAAAAAAUAACUUCCAUCAAAUGCUCAUUGUUUAUUUAUGUUACCGGCUUAUGAAUUUGUAUCCCAUUUCACUUUUAAG